AUGAGGAAAACUGUGAUGUCCAAGGGAGUGCUGAAAGGCGCCUGCAGUCCUGACCCGACUUCUGGAGCAGCUGCUUCAGAGAGGAAAGAAGGGCUGCCUGGGAGACGACACGACCCAGAGCUUAACAUACGGGAAGCAGCCGUAUCAGUGACCUUGGCUCGAGGCACGGGAACCCUGGGGGAGGGCGUGGAAUCAUUCCCAAACCACAGCACACAACGGCAGCUCUGCUUGCGACUGAUCUACCCAGCGAACAGGAAAAGAAAUGUUUGGCUGUGCUGUCCCUCACCGAAUGACCCAGCUGAUUUUCUGUUGCCAAAGCCCACCAACUCCACAACUGAAACCUUGGCUCUCACUUCAAGAUUUUUCAUCAACUUCAUUGAGGUUAUGAAUCAAGGAAAAUACGCUGCAGAUGGGACUGCAGUGGAGUCUCAGAAAAUCAGAGCUGGUCAAAGAAAUGCCUGCUUACGGAGCCCAACAUUAUACUUCUACAAGGCGGGGGAGCUCGAGGGAAGACGGCCAAGGCGAGAUGCUAUCCUGACAGUGCUGAUCCUUCAGAAGCGCCUACCGGCCUUGAGCUCCUCCAAUUUUCAGGGUACCAUGCUGCCUUUCACCUCGGUCCUGAGUCCGGGCCGACACAGGACUCGUCUAGAAUGGCCCGGAAGUAGGGAGCACUGGUUCAGGUCCCAGCUGGCGCCUCGCAACGGGCUCUCCCCCCACAGUCCGGUCCUCCGGCUCACGGGAGGUCCCUGCUGUGCCCUUUCCUUGCUGUCGCCGGGGUGGGGAGCACAGGCUGUGGUCGCCCGUGUAGCGCCGAGUGGGGAGCGGGCGGUCCCCGGAAACCCUGGGGGCUCCCCGUCGAAGUCUCCGGGAGACGCUGCUGCGCAAGAACAGCCUGCCCUCCCCUCCCUAGGUGACUGCGGCCCUCUCCCGGUGGUGCCUCUGGCCCAGCCAGUUUCGGGAGGAAGCGUGAGUUUCCCGGUGAACACCACGGUGUUGUACAAAUGUGAUCAAGGCUUCGUCAAAAUCCCCGGCAUGCCAGACGCAGUGGUCUGCCUUUCCAGCAAUAAGUGGACGGACAUAAAAGAGUUCUGUAAUCGCAGCUGUGGAGCUCCACCCAGGUUGCUUUAUGGGAUCCUCAAAAAGAUUUACAUCAGUAAGAAUUACUUCCCGGAAGGUACCGUCCUAGAGUACGAGUGCCGGCCAGGCUUUAGGAGAAUAUACCCUCUAGUGGGGAAGACAACCUGUCUCAGUAAUCUGACGUGGUCCACACCCGAUGUCUUUUGUGAAAAAAAAUCGUGUCCUACUCCCAGAGAAAUAGAAAAUGGUCAAGUCAGUGUAGCAACUGACAUAUUACUUGGUUCUCAAAUCUUCUUCUCAUGCGACCCAGGGUACCGAUUACAAGGUGCAGCUUCUGCAUUCUGUAUGAUUGUAGAAAAUGGUGUUGAUUGGAGUAAUGCAUUUGGAGUGUGCACAAAAAUUUUGUGUCCACAACCACCACAAAUUAAAAAUGGACAAAUUAUAGACGAACGUGACACCUACGAAUACAGACAGGUUGCAACAUACGAGUGUGAUAGAGGCUUCACCAUCAUUGGAGAAAACCAGAUCACUUGUACUGUGACAGAUGGCACAGGAGAAUGGAGCGGCCCACCACCCGAAUGCAAAGGGAAAUCUCCACCUCCCUUUAUCCCACCAAUAGUUCAGAAGCCCACCACCACAACAGUACCAGAUACAGAAGUCUCUCUACCACCUCAGAAAGCCAGUACAGUACUUCCAGCAACUUCCCGUCCGCCCAUUUCCAGGAUGAGUACACAUCCUCCUACAACAGCAUCUGAAGAGAAAGGAUUGUCGUCAAGUGAGUUGACCCCGUCCGGAUUUCCUGCAGGUUCAAAAAGUCUCAUAUAUGGAUUUGUCGCUGGUACUAUAAUAAUUGGUAGUCUGUUUCUAGCCAAGGUUUUCUGGGACCGUGGAAAAUCAGGCCAUUAUAUGACACAAGAGAACAACAAAGCACCCAUUGUUAAUUAUUCAAAUGAGGCUGAUGCCACCUCAGAAAUAAGACCUCUUUCCAAUAAAGUACAAAAGGACACACAUGUAUGAAAUUGACUGUUUUGCUUAUGAUGCUGGUAACGGCUGCCUCGCUGGCGUAAGAGAUCGUGCCCAAACUUGCAGAAUAUUCCUAGUUUGUUACAAGUCCCUGGUGAAACACAGAUACAAUAAAUCCAGUAGUGCUCUCUGCUUUGCCUGGUACCCUUUAUCUUUAGGGUGUGUUAGGAAUGGCAACAAAACAAGAGGACCGGAGUCCAUCUGGAAUGAAAUUCUCAGCGCAUCAAAAGCCUUGCAGCUUCGGGAAGAAAGUAGAGACAUUUGUCUAUGCUUACAGUGGAAGCCUGAAUUUCUUUCACUAGAUGUGGAAGGUUAUUUUUACUUAUAAAAGGAAAUAAGUUAAAAACAUUACUUGGACAGCAGAAACAAAACAUCCCUGUUUUCUAAGCAAAAUUGCCAAACAGAGAUGAACCACAUUUCGAAGAUAACACUUACACUGUACAGCACUUUUGCUUAUUCCAUUAAAAUGAAUCUUAAUGGUUUUGGCAAAAUGUUUUAAAAGAAAAACAGGCUAGUGAUCCAGGGAUGUUUCUUGGCUCAGUGGCAAGGGAGGAAGAGAAAGUGAAAGAGUACUUCUCCCUUUGUUACAUAAUACAGAUACUGAACCAGGACUUGAGCUGCUUACAAGGUGGAUAAGCUGAAAUUUUGUCCUUAGGACAACCUGUUUUGUUUCCUCAGGAAAAGAGCCUUAUGAAAGUUAUCUCUGAUUUAAUGUCUUUAAAAGUAUCCAGGAGCCAGGUGUAGUGUCACAGGGCUGUAAUCGCACCACUUGGGAGGCUGAGGCAGGAAGAUAGGCAUGAAUUCGAGGCCUGCCUGGUCUACGUAGUGAGACCCCCCAAAGUACCUAGAGGUAGAAAAAUAUUGACAUAAGAAAAGAUUCUAUAUUUCUGAAGUGAGAUGUUCAUAGCCAAAUUGUAAAUCUCUUGUAACAUUAAUUUAUUUGUAUUUAUUUAUGUUGGUGAAUAUUUUGCUUCAAUAAGGUAUGUAAAUGAACAUUUAUUUUCCCUAAGUAGAAAUAAAGAAUGAAUCACAGUUUUUGGCCUCAUGUAGUACUUGAAAUUUAUUUUCUUUAAUGUGAAUAUCUUAUGUCUAAGUGAGAGCCCCUGCCUGUCUCCCAUAUGUGGUUCAGAAUGCUGUCCCUCGCUUAUCCUCACGUGGCCCAUUUUCAGGGGCUUGGAAAUGGUAGCACUUUGUACCUUCUCAAGCAUGUGAUACCCUCUCCUAGCAGUCUUAGUACUGUUACUGAUGUACCUGCAGGCAAUCAUAUUAAUUUAUAGGUUUUUAAUAUAUUCUUACAUGCUAUUUUAGAUGGUAGAUUAGAACUAGAAUAUAUGCAUAAGUAGAUCAACAGUGAUUAUUGCUUUGUCUCUUUUCUUCUUGGUAGUAAAGUACCUUCUGUUCAUUUCGUGGCAUUUCACUGUAAAAAUGUCAGUAUAUAUUUCUAACCAUAAAGACGGUUUUUCUUUGUAACCACAAUCAUCACAGCCAACAAGAUUAACAAUUACUUUCGGGUUGUUUCUAAUGUUAGGAAAUUCUUUAUUGUAUUUGCUUUUCUCAGUACUGGGGACCGAACCCAGGGCAUCGCACUUGCUAGACAAGCACGCCACCCCUGAGCUCAGCCCUUUUUAUUUUUAUUUUUGAAACAGAGUCAUGCUAAAUUGCUUAGAUGGGCCUUGAACUUGCAACCCUCCUGCCUCCGCCUCCAGAGCAGCAGGAUCAUAGGCAUUUUCUACCGUGCCGUUUCGGAUAUUCUCCGGUCCUGACUCACAAGUUCUGGGAUUAGGAGUUGGUGAGUGUGGGCCCUGCUGUGCCUGUCAUGCAGCAACCUGUUGCCUCGAACAGCAGCGUCACACUGAUCCAGUGACUCAGGAAAUACCACGGAGCCCGCGGUGUGCAGUUACCAUAUGCUGGGUGCGCUGGGGUCACCAGGAGAACUGUACCACUGUGUGUGAGUUCCGAAGAGCCACACACAAGAAAACGCGGACUUUUCACAGUACUUAGAGAGAAUGUGGAUUUAGCCACUGCACACACCAGUGCUUUCCAUGGUGAGUGCUUGGAGGGAGGCCUCCCUGCACGGCGCGGAGAGGACGGACGGGAGGACGGGGUGGCACCAUCCAGGCAGAAGGGCUUGGAGGAGGGUUAGCAUGUGUUACAUGCUCAGCAUAGAAGUAAAAACGAUAAACGGAUAUUUUAUUCCUGUUGAUCAAAUUAAAAGAAUAAAUGGGAGUGUGUUUAUAACAAAGAAUUCCAGGUAUUGGGAAAUCCUGAACUUUGAUGAUGUAAUGCUUUGAGGUUAUUUUAGAUUAAGGAAAAAGCUGAAAGGGUAUUUAAGCCUUGGUUACCUUGGAGAAAAUGAUACAAGCAUUAGGCCUGCGGGGCGGUGGGAUGCUCUUGUCAGAUCUGUACUAUUCUGUACGCUGUUGGCGUGAGGCUCAGCAGUUUUGUUUUGUCUCAACAGGAGCCCUGUGAGGUUGUACUGAGACUGAUCCUAAUGAAUAAUACUCACCAUGGAAAUUGAUAAUGCUUAACCGCUAUCACAACAGUUUGAAUGUCCCCAGCAAAUUCUCAAAUCCAAAAUUCUCCAAAAUCCAAAACAUUUGAGCAUCCACACAGUGCUACCAGUGGAGGAUGAUACACCUGACCUAAUAUGAGACAGCCACACUAAAAAUAUGGUGUAAAAUUACCCUUAGGUUAGUUUGUAUGAAACACAGGUGAAUUUAGAGUUGGGUCAAGUCCCCAGGAUGCACCAUUAUAUCGAUUUUGUUGGCUGUCUCCCAUGACAUUUCUUCAUGUUUUGCCACUGAGUUGCAAUUUUUAAGGUAGAUUUCUGUUUUUAUUUCACUUGUUUAUAGAUUUCAUUUGUGUUUUUAAUUCUUCACCCCUUGCCUUGAGCAGAGCUGAAUCUUGACGCUUUGGCGAGGUGACUUUUCAGAGAUAAGUCCCACUCUGUGGGUGUGGAUGGAGGGCGUGUGCCUGGCUUUAUCAUUUAUCAUAGCACAUGGAAGACCAAGAAAGAAGACAUGCGGGGGGUGGGGGUGAACUAGACCUGAAGCCUGGAACCAACCGUGGCCAAACUCCACCUGCAUCCUGUUGAUCUGAAAUCUAAACUAUAGAGAACAUUUUUUAACAGCCACAGAGAUUAUGCAAUUAACACAAGUACAGCCAAAACUGAGAAACUUACACUUAGAAGAGGAUUUCUUGGCUGGGGAUGCAGCUCAGUGUUGCCUCCACCUGCCUCCCAAGGGUAAGGUCUCGAGUUCGAUCCCCAGUACAAAAAAAAAAAAGAUUUCUUUGAUAAAAAAUCCCAAAAUGUGUCUAUUAUAGGAAACUGAAAAACCGACAGUGAAGAUUGUGCAGCUGUAAAGCACGUGAGUUGCCACUCUUGCCAGAACUUGAAAUUUAGAAAUGACCACGUGCAACUUGUGGCCCUGAGCAAGGAGUUACCGGCAAAAAGUUUAAAGUAUAAGUGGCUGCUGUUUCUAUAUUUGAGAAGAGGCAGGAGACAAACUCAGAGUCUAACUGGCCAGUGUAUACAUACACAGAGUUGAAAAUAAGAGUAUAGAGAGCCCAGGGUGUUCACAACUUGCCGCAAGUGAGACUGGUUUUCAUCUCAAACUGGAGACCGUGAAAGUGAGAAAUGGGCGAAAUCAUUCUAAAGCACAGUGUUAGGACAAAGGCUCUCUGAGUGUGUUGUCAUCGCCAAGACCUCGGGAGGAUUAAGGCCGUGCCUCGCAGAUGGCUUCAGAGAAGUCUGAGGGUGUGGACGCACGCGGUCCUGAGACACUCUGAGGGCACAAGAUUUCUCAGGAAGUCGCAGAAGGUUUGUCACGACAGCAUUGCCGUGUUCCAGUAGACCGAUCUACAACUGAGGAAAAUGGUGCCAGGACAAAUUUCCUUGUUCUAAGUUCUCUCUCUCUCUGGCAUGUUUAGCUCUGUUGGUCCAAGCAUGUUUAUCUGUGGAACAUCGGGAAGGAUUUAGGAAUUCUUGGCUGAAUUCCCAGAUUCCUGCAUUAUCCUCUGUAAUUCUCACUGUGCCCAACAUUAUGUGCUCCCGGCGACGUGGGUGUCACAGGCUCUUCCUAGCCGGCUUUCCUCCUCGGCCCCAUUAGAAGUGGACUUUCAUGGUUCUAUUUUCCUUGGACCAUGUGAGUCCACUUACUGUCCGUGACACUUUGGGUAUGCAAAGUCUAGGAUCUUAAUUCCCUUGAUGGUGCAGUUCCUUCAAAAUCACCAUAGCCUUCUGACCCAUUUUCUUCCCGUGUAUACCAUGGGAUAGUUGCCACAGCUACAAAAGUUUAAUGAAUUUCUCCAGCCUUAAUUGUUUCUCUGCCCUGUAGUCACUGCGUCAUUCUUUAACUCUUGCUUCUGAAGGCUUCUCCUUCGAUGGAACAUAUUUCUUUGUGAGUUUUGGUUGACUGACUCUGAUGCUCAUUUCCCUUUAUAAAACUAUUUGCUGGGAUUCCCCAAAUUGUAGGAUGAGAGUUCUUUCUUCUGGGGAGAACCCAGCUGUCCAACCUACAGGACUUGGCAGUGUCACUCGAGCUCCACUGUUUGAGCCCGGUGUGCAGCAUGGGGUUUCCUGACCCACCGUGUCAGGGGAACUUGGGCUGUGACUUCACAAUGACUGGGCAACAAAAAUUUUAUUUUCCUAUUCCUUUUUUUAUUUUGUAUAUUUUGGGUACCAGGG